UUACUAUUAUAAUUAUUAUUAUUAUUAUUAUUGUUAUUAGUAAUGUUGAAUAAAAUAUUUACGGAAUUAUAUGGGGAUAAAAAUCCUGUCAAUUGUGAUAGUGAAAGAACCUGAUGAUCUUGAUAUGUCAGGUUACAAAAAUGUUAAAAGAUAAAAAAAUUUAUAUAUUUUGAGUUAUGUUCCAUUAUUCGAAAACAAACAUCAAAAAAUUUAUCAAAAAUUAAUUAAACUAAUAUGUAGUACAUAUAUAUUUACUUUAAUAUGAAAGUAUCGCCAUAAUUAAAAGUUAAUGCGCAAUGAAAAAGUACAGUGAAUUAAUUAUUAAUUAAUUAAAAUUUAAGUGGUGAUUAGAAAUCGUUGAUAAAAAUGAAGGGGCUGGAAAAUAUUUUUUUUAUUUUAAUAUUAAUUUCCCAUGUUAAAGGAAUUUUAAAUAAUUGCAAUUAUGAAUAUAAAUAUUCAUGUAAUCAAGACGAGAAAGAUAAAACAACACCAGGAUCACAUAUUGCCCAUCAAGAAUGCAGCCUUAAUAAUAUUUUAGACAACGCAAAUUAUACUCUGAUAUUAUCAGAAAAUGGUUUAUUACCAACAGGAAUAAUGAAAGUAAAUAUCACGUUACCCAGUGUCAAUUGCAUUUACAAAGUCGCUCUACUAGUAAACGACACAAUUAAAAAUGACAGUGAGUGCCGCAACCAUGAAUUUACAAAUAUUUUUAAUUCGGAGUUACACUCAAUCGAUCAAACAAUCUGUUCAUAUAAUUCAAAUAUCGGAGUCGAUCAUGACAGUUCAUUACAAAGUGACAAAUCAACCAAACAAUGUCAGGAAGAUAAUAUUUCUCUAUACUUCGAGCAUGUGUACUCAGGUUGUUAUGCCUUGCGUUACACAAUUGAUGAUAACAAUUAUGCGAUACACUCAAAUAAAUAUAUUACGACGAGUUAUCAGCGUACUGAAGUUAUGGAACCUGUAUCUCAUUGUUAUUAUGAUGACAGAGCACUCAAUAAUAAUGACCACAAUAGGAAUUUAGUAACAUUUACAUUCAGCAUUUCAAUACUUUCUGGCUCUUCAAGUUUGAUAUUACAAUUAAUUCCACUGUCAUUUGAAGAUGAAAAUAAAGAAGAGGCAUGUAUUAAGUAUGGUAAAAAACCUCUUGAUCCUUGGGAAAUUAGUUUGUACGGAUCUAGUUUAUCAAUAAAAAAUUGUAGCUCUACAAUGGUUCAUGAUUCAAAUGGAAGCUACACAGAAGACAUUGAGUGUAUUUUUGUUCUUCCAGUUUUAUAUAACGAGAGUUAUUGUUUCUUAAUAACACUAAAUGAUGAUCGGUGCAUAAGACAAACAGUUUGGAAUCCGCCUCCGAUUAAAGAUGAAUCCAGUCCGUCUUGCACGUGGAUAUCACAUUGCACGCGAGUAUCUAAAUCACGACAAGCUGUAGAGUAUAGCGGAGAGCUGUUAGCAAAUAAAACAGUUACAGGAAAUAUUAGUUUGUUAUUACCAAUAGCCGCGGGUAUUAUUAUUUUGAUAUUAAUAAUAAGCGGUACAGUUGUGUGUGUUUGUCGUCUAUACGUUCGUAAAUAUCAACAAAAUCCGUAUUUAAAUGCAACUCUUAAUGGUUUAAAAUCUAAAAAUAAUUGUGAAGUUGAUGGGGUUGAUACUGAUGAUGAUAAUGAUAAUUGUAAAGCCAUUGUCAUUUUUUACGCACGAGGAUCGAAAAGUUUUAUGAAAUUUAUUGCUGUUUUUAGAGAAAUUGUUGAAUAUUACGGUAACUGUCAUGUUUACGAUUGGUAUGCACCUAGCGAGUGGGACUCGGUUGCUAAAGUCGGUGCUCAUGAUUGGGCUAAUAAUUUAUUUGAAAAAAACUACCGCGUAAUUUGGAUCGACACUCCAAGUGCAAGGUCUCUAAUUAACAUACAAAAUUCAUCAGAUAAUUUUUCAGAUAAUAAUGGACAGCUAAAUGUUGACUCUAUUAGUGACUUUCGCGAUUUAGCACUUGCUGCUGUUGUUAAUUGUGUCAAACGCAAUAUCAAACUACAGUACACCAAACAUUUUAUCGUACGGAUAGAAGGAUAUAAUAAUGGAAAUUCAUCCCAAGAUCCUUUUGCAGAUUUAUCACCUCAUGCUCGCUAUCUUAUUCCUUAUCAUCUCAAACAAUUACUUUCGCAUUUAACUUUGAAAAGAUCUGAGAAUAGCAAUGAUGAGAUAAUCAGAGAAGAAACUCGACUUCGAGAAAAAUUGAUUGAAAUAAAAAACGACUUGUAGCCAUCAAGUUUUUUUUUCAUUUUUUUUACUGAAAAAAAAAAAGUUUAUUAAGUUUUUUUUUAUACUUAAUUUUAUAUUUAUAUUAAAUAUUUAAGUUUUUUUAUAAAGUUA